AUGACCACCAACCCGUCCCACAUUCUCAUCGCUCGUAAUUCGAGAGGUCCUAACAAUCCCUCUGCCUCCCUCAGUUCUCCCACAGAAACUCACGCUGCAGCUGCUGGUAUCUUUCGUUCUUCUGGAUCACCCACUUGGCUACUUGAAGAGUGCGAGAGUGACGAUAUUGUUUCCGAGCUCGAAGUCGACGACGACGACGAAGCGAUCGAGCUCGAUGAGACGUUCACAAAGAACAGCAAAUUCCCCGGAACCGUCAAGAUUGUAGUCGAGAGUACCACAUUCUGGGCACACAAAGAAGUGCUAUACUUCGCGUCGCCUUUCUUUGAAGCUGCUCUCAGUGGUGACUGGGCAGAAACUGGUCGACCACCCUCCAUGUCUUCGGUCAUCACCAUCUCCCAGCCUCCCUCGAUUCCUGGCGACCGGAGCAAGUCCGAUGCCCCCACAGAAAUGACCUUCUCCCCGAUGGAUUCAGAUCCCGAUGCCGAGGACCUUGAUGUCAUAGCAGAUACCGACCUCUCAAAAUCUGAAGACAGUACCGCUAGUACUAACAUCAGUUCUUCCGCUGUCGAGCUAUCAAGGAAGGAAGCCAGAACACGCGCAAGAGACGAUAGUCUGGCCAAGCUUCAAGGCGGCUCCCCCACUCAGUCAGAAAUCAGGUCAAUAUCAAAGAGAGUGGCUACGGUCAAGCGGCGUCCAAAGAACGGCCCAGAUGCUGUCAUAGUCUUGAAAGAAGAGCGGGCAUCUAGCUUCCAUGACUUUCUCAGAUUUGUCUAUCCUCACUUGGAGUGCACAAUCACCUGGAACAAUGUCGAGAGUUUGAUGAAUAUAUCACAUAAACUCUGCGUCCCGUCGUUACAACGGGAGUGUCUGACAUUUCUUCUAACACAUGCUGCCGGAAAGCCUAUCAAGGCUAUGCGAAUCGCCGAGCUGUUCGAGGAAGAAGAAUUGUAUCGGGAAUCCAGCCGUUUCGUCUUGGAUAAUCCUGGUGGAUGGUCUGAACAUGAGUUGAAUACUCUCAGUCAAGAAACCUUGCUCAAGCUGGAGAAACGUCGAAACUGGUUCCUAGAAAGGGUGUUGAAGAUUGGAUUGGUUGCCCUUUCGAAGGAGUAUGAAUGUUGUCCAACGUGUCCGGACUCAAGUAACUGUGCCAGGCUGUUAGAGGAAAAGUGGCGUCAAGCCUAUCACGCAGUCUUCCGUUUCGGCCCUCCUCAACCAUCUAUGGUAUACCGUUAUCUUCGAAACCUCGAGGGUGUCAGUCCCCCAUUGUCUCUCACACAUCUGGCCUGUCAGACGACUGCGAAAGCCUUCAUUUCUACGCUCUUCGACAGAAUGUUUUCACUUGGUGUGCGCGGCAGUGACUCCGUGCCGCUAGGGACGCGCGUGGCGGUGGCUGCGGCGGUGGCCGCAGGACCACGACGGCACUUCUUAUACUGCACCCUCAAACCCGAGACGCUACCUCGAACCAGAAAAUCAAGGGAACUGAUGUGA